CGAUGGGCGGGGCUAAUAGGCUAACUGUCAUAACAAGAGUACGACAGAGUGAGUUGUUUGCGUAAGUAUACAUUAUUCACCCUGAAGAGGUGAUACAAACUGCAGUAAUACUGCACCAAGUUAAACGAAGGCAAAGCAGAUGGCUUCAUCUGUGGCCAACAGAGCCUUAGGAGCCAUUGUAGGCUCAGCUGUUGCAGAUGCUGCAGCACAACCUCUUCACUGGAUAUACGAUCUUCAGAAGCUGAAGGGGAUUUUGGCUCAGGAUCCUAACUCUGAAUUUUGCGCUGAAUCUGCCAACCCGUUCUACAAGAGGCAGACGGGCCAGCAGAGCUGCUACGGAGACCAGGCUUAUGUCCUGCUGGAGUCCCUGUCACAAUGUGGAGGUCUAAAUGUUGACGAUCUGAAGCAGCGUACACUGAAGUACUUUGGACCAGGAUCAGAAUACGACACACCCGUCAAUGAUCCUUACAGAGACAGAGGAGGGCCAAGACCUCAGCUCCCUAUUGACGGACCAUGGAGACAAGCAAGUUUGAAAAGUUUCCUAAAGAAUGUUGAUGCUGGAAAGGAGGAGACCGGCUGCAAGACCGACUGUCAGAUUGAUGGGAUCACCAAACUAGCUCCUAUAGUGGCUUUUUACGCAGGACAGCCCGACAUGCUGGAAAAGGUUGAACAGGCUGUUCGAGUCACCCAAAACAACGACGAAUGUGUGGCAGAAACUCUGGCUGCAGCACGGUUUCUGGAACAUUUCAUUCUGAACGGACCAGACCCAAAGGUUUUGGAGGUGGUUCUGACUCAGCUCAGUGACUGCAACAGGAAGCAGCCUCAGGAUCUGGACAGAGCAGUCAUCGGGCACAUUCAUCAGGUGAAGGAGAAUUUAUCCAAGACUCCUCAGGAAAUAAUCCCCACUGUGUUUCCAAACACAUGAGGUUUACCAGGUGCGUUCCAGGCAGCGCUGCAUGGAGUCCUGACAGCCAAGCAUUUUGAGACGGCCAUCAGAGACACCAUGAGCUGUGGGGGGUGCACCUGCAGCAGGGCGUCCUUCAUCGGAGCGUGCCUUGGAGCGCAGAUUGGGCUGGAGGGAAUCCCAGCAUCGUGGACCAGCAGAACCCUGAGACACAGCUCGGUGCUGGAACACGCCAAGAGGAUUACCAAACAGCACCAGUGAUGUGUGCAGACAGGACCAUCCUGAAGAGCUGCAGAGCUGUGGAUGAAGGCUUUUGUCUAAACAUGUGGGAGGCAGAAGCCAGAUGUUUUUGACUCUGUUAAUGUUAAACAAGUUGCUUCAGAUGUUCUGGAUAGAAACACACAUCAUCUUUAAAGGGUUGGAAAUGAUUGAGAACAUUGACUUUUUUUGUCGAAUCUGCAUUUUUUUUUUAAUCAAAUGGAGACAAACUCAUAAUGAAGAUAAAACUAUAAUCUGGAAACUGAUUCAUGCUCGAUAAUCCAGGUAAAAAAUCCAACAAAGUUAAGUUUUUACCACAUCAGGAAUCAUUAACACAGUUAAUUCAAGCACAGAGAUUUUAUAGAUCAAAAAUGUUCACGUUAUAAAAUACGUUUUUACAAAAAAAAAUGUACAAACCAAACAUUUUGUGUCAAAUUGAUUACUGGGUAGAAAAUGUCUGUUUUUUCAACCUGUCUCCUGAUGGCAGCACCAGUUUGGUCAGAUUUAUACAGAUUCAGGACAACAAUAUUAAAAAUCACUCGUCCCAA